UACAUAAAAAACUAACUCGGUGAGAAACUGAUUGGUCGCUACUUUGACUUAAGAUUUUUCUAAUUUCUCGGCCCCGUUUAUCUAUGGCUUCGUUCUUAUUUCAGUUUCUAUUUCUUCAUCAGAAUCUAUCAGAUUCUAAAGGCGACUUUGAUUCGUUUGUGAUUCAAACUCAAUCAAGUAUUUGAGAUUUUUGUUUAUAUCAUUCAAUAAAAGAAAUGGAGACCGUCACACACUCCUCGCCGUUCGAUUCUUUUCUCGACCGAAUGCGAAACCCUGCUUCUCUCGAUCUCGUUCGCUCCAUCAAGAGCUUCAUUGUAUCGUUUUCAUAUACUGCGUCAAACCCUGAAACUGAUGGGAAAAGAAUACAAGAGUUCUUCCAGACAAUGGAAGAUGCUAUAAGGGAUCAUCCUUUAUGGGCAUCCUCGUCCGAUGAUGAAACUGAUAAUGCCUUGGAGGGUCUAGAGAAAUAUGUGAUGACCAAAUUACAUUCGCGGACCUUUGCUUCCACUCCUGAGGAUGUCAAGAUUGAUGCAGAGAUCUCAGAGAAGAUAUCUUUAUUGCAAACCUUCUUGAGGCCUCAACAUUUGGACAUACCAUCUGCACUUCAAAAUGAAGCUGCGUGGCUGCUUGCAGAGAAAGAAUUAAAAAAGAUCAAUGCUUUCAAAGCCCCUCGCGACAAGCUUCUUUGUAUCAUAAAUUGUUCUAGAGUCAUCAACAAUUUAUUGCUCAAUGCUUCAAUUUCAGAAGAUCAUGUUCCAGGAGGAGCAGAUGAUUUUCUUCCCGUUCUUAUAUAUGUUACGAUCAAGGCCAAUCCUCCACAGUUACAUUCCAACCUCAAAUUCAUACAGUUGUACAGGAGGCAGUCGAAACUCGUCUCAGAAGCAGCUUACUAUCUCACAAAUCUUGUUUCAGCCAAGUCUUUCAUUCUAGACUUAAACGCCAAAUCACUUUCUAUUGAAGAAAGUGAAUUCAUGGAGAGUAUGGAAGCAGCAAGGUUGGUUAAUAGAGUGCCACAAGAAACCGUAACCACCAUCGAUAAUAGAUCAAAAUUCGGAAAACUGAUGGAUCCUGGUCCAUCAACACUGUUGCACGUGAAAACACAAACUAACAUUAAUGGUGGAUCAAACUAUCCUUACAUGGAAGCCGAAGCUGGUGAACUAACAGUUGGCGAUGUGGAGAGAUUACUUAGUUUGUACAAGGAUGUAGUAACAAAAUAUACCAGUUUGUGCAACACUGUUAGACACCUUUCUGUUUCCAGAACACAAAGACAUGAUGAAUCGUUGAGAGAGCCCAAUGGAACACACAAAGACACUUGUAGCAAGGAGACGGAAAAAAGGUCAUGAAAACAAAUAUAUGGACACGAUGAUGACACCCAAGGCAUGCACAAUGAUAGUCUGAAGCUGAAAGGACAAAGUAAAAUAUAGGGAUGGGUCUUUUCCUUUUUUUUCUUUGCCAUCUUUGACAUAAUGUAAGUAGAAUUUUACCAGAUGGAAUUACCUAACAGUAAUAAUAUCUAAUGGUCCUAUUUUUACUUAA